AUGUCGCUCGCACUCGACGUCAAGAUCCCCGAGUUCACUCACACCUCCACCGACGACAUCUACCGCCUCACAGACACACUGCGCGCCACCUUCCGCUCCAACAAGACCAAGGACCUCAAGUACCGCACCCACCAGCUCCGGAAGCUCUACUGGGCCAUCAAGGACUUCACCCCCCAGCUCUGCGAUGCCCUGCGCAAGGACCUGCGCAAGUGCAAGCAUGAGGCCCUCCUCUCCGAGGUCGAAUGGUGCGCCAACGACUGCCUCUACAUGCUCAAGAACCUUGAAAAGUUCGCCGCCGACGAGAAGUGCGAGGACGUGCCCCUCACCUACUCCAUGCUGAAGCCGCGCAUUCGCAAGGAGCCGCUCGGCAUGAUCCUCGUCAUCGGUGCCUUCAACUUCCCCGUCCAGCUGACCCUCAUCCCCAUCAUCGGCGCCAUCGCCGCCGGCUGCACCGCCGUCCUGAAGCCCUCGGAGAGUGCCCCGGCCACCGCCAUGGUCCUGACAAAGAUCUUUGAGGCCGCCCUCGACCCUAAGGCCUAUACUGUCGUCAACGGUGCCGUCCCGGAGACCCAGGCUCUGCUCGACGUCAAGUGGGACAAGAUCAUGUAUACCGGCAGCACCGCCGUCGGCAAGAUCAUCUCCAAGAAGGCUGCCGAGACCCUCACCCCCGUCACCCUCGAGCUGGGCGGCCUGAACCCGGCCUUCAUCACCAAGCACGCCGACGUCAAGCUCGCCGCCCGCCGCCUCAUGUGGUCCAAGUGCCUGAACGCCGGACAGGUCUGCAUCUCUCAAAACUACAUCCUGGCCGACCGCGCCAUUGUCGACGAGCUCGUCCGGAGCCUCAACGCCACCCUCAAGGAGUUCUUCCCUAGCGGCGCCAAGAACAGCCCCGACUUCUCCCGCAUCGUCAACCAGAGGUCGUUUCAGCGCAUCAAGAAAAUGAUUGACGAGACCAACGGUAAGAUCGUCAUGGGCGGCGGUAUGGACGAGGAGCAGCUCUUCAUUGAGCCCACCGCCGUCCUAGUCGACUCCAUGCUCGACUCCGUCAUGAAGGACGAGUCCUUCGGCCCCGUUUUUGCCAUCAUGCCGUACGACUCUCUCGACGACGCCAUCAACAUUGCGAACCAGGUCUACAGGACGCCCCUGGCGCUCUUCGCCUUUGGCAACGACCAGGAGACUAAGAGGAUCCUCAACGAGGUGACCUCGGGCGGCGCUACUAUCAACGACGCCUUCUUUCACGCCUCCAUCGCCACCGUCCCCUUCGGCGGCGUCGGUGAAUCGGGCACAGGCAACUACCGCGGCCGCGCCUCCUUCGAGGCCUUCACCCACCGCCGUUCCAUUGCCCGGACCCCCUCGUGGAUGGAGAAGUUCAUCCGCGUCCGCUACAUGCCCUACUCCCCCAAGGAGCUCGCCCGCCUGCAGCGCAUGACGGCCGACAAGCCCGACUUUGACCGCAACGGCGUGCAGGUCCGCGGGCUCGGGUACUGGGUGCGCUUCGUCGUCGGUCUCGGCGCCAAAGGUGCCAAAGGUGCGUUGCUGAGAUGGAUCCUGGCCCUGCGAAGGCGUUAUUAG